UUCUGUUGUGGGUUGAGUGCUUCACUAAAGUUAUCACCUCUUUCUUCAUCAAUAAUAUCUAUAUAAUCCACACUUGCUUACUGAACUGAAGCAAUAACGCCGAUUUCCACAUAUUUGUGCUUCCGAUCAUGGCGACGAGUGAAGUGAAAGUUCUGGGUUCGUGGCCGAGCCCAUAUGCAAUGAGGCCGAGGAUCGCCCUUAACAUCAAAUCGGUGGACUAUGAAUAUAUAGACGAGAAGUUAUGGGAAGGCAAAAGCCAGCUUCUUCUCCAGUCGAAUCCGGUUCACAAGAAAAUCCCAGUCCUCAUCCACGGUGAUCGUAAGCCCAUCUGCGAAUCUCUCAUCAUCGUACAGUACAUCAACGAGACAUGGUCUGCCGGUCCUUCCAUCCUUCCUUCUGAUCCCUAUGAACGCGCCGUCGCUCGUUUUUGGGCUGCAUAUCUUGACGAUAAGUGGUUCCCGGCGGUGAAAAGCGUGGGGAUAGCUAAAGGAGAUGAAGAGAAGAAAGCGGCGAUAGCGCAGGUGGAAGAAGGGCUGGCAUUGAUGGAAGGAGCGUUCGGCGAUUGUAGCAAAGGUAAGGGUUUCUUCGGUGGGGAUGAAAUCGGGUACCUUGAUAUUGCUUUCGGGAGCUUCUUGGGAUGGCUUAGGGUGACCGAGAAGUUCAACGGGAUGAAGCUGCUUGACGAGGGCAAGACUCCUGCUCUGGUUCGUUGGGCCGACAGAUUCUGCUCCCACGGCUCCGUCAAGGAUGUUAUGCCCGACACCGACAAGCUUGCGGAGUUUGGGAAGAUGGUUAUUGCCAAAAUAAGAGCCGCCGGCGCUGCUGCUGAAAGGCAUUGAAAUUGAGACAGGAGAGGUUCUUGAACUAAAUCAAUAUUGUAUGUGGUUUCUUUACUUUUUAUGAUGAUAAAAGUUCUAAGCUUUUAGACAAUGCCUUUUCUCAAUGUAUUGGCUUUUGUAUUUGAAUUCAGUGAUCCUCGAAUUAAUACCGUCUC